AUGGAGUCAAAGAGCCGCAGCCAAGGAGUCAAAGAGCCGCAGCCAAGGAGUCAAAGAGCCGCAGCCAAGGAGUCAAAGAGCCGCAGCCAAGGAGUCAAAGAGCCGCAGCCAAGGAGUCAAAGAGCCGCAGCCAAGGAGUCAAAGAGCCGCAGCCAAGGAGUCAAAGAGCCGCAGCCAAGGAGUCAAAGAGCCGCAGCCAAGGAGUCAAAUAGCCGCAGCCAAGGAGUCAAAGAGCCGCAGCCAAGUAGUCAAAGAGCCGCAGCCAAGGAGUCAAAGAGCCGCAGCCAAGGAGUCAAAGAGCCGCAGCCAAGGAGUCAAAGAGCCGCAGCCAAGGAGUCAAAGAGCCGCAGCCAAGGAGUCAAAGAGCCGCAGCCAAGGAGUCAAAGAGCCGCAGCCCAGGAGUCAAAGAGCCGCAUGCGUGUCGAGAGCCACAGUUUGCGACCACUGGUCUAG